GAAAGAAAAAAAAGAAAGACAAAUGAUGAAAUGAGAAGAGACAGAGAGAGAGGAUCAGAUGUGAAGUCAACUUCUUCUUCUGCUUCUUCUUCUCUCCUCUCACUCGCAAUCUUCACUAACACAUAGUCUUCUUAUUACAUUCUUGAUUCUCUUUGUCUAGUCUGAAAAAUGGACCCGGAUGUUUCUAACCGGGUCGAUUGUUCUGAAUCUAGACGCGAUUCAUCCGGUGGUGGGGCGAGGUAUAAGCUCAAGUCUCCGGCGAAACUCCCGAUCUCGAGGUCCACUUGCAUCACCACCAUUCCUCCUGGUUUGAGUCCGACGUCGUUUCUCGAGUCUCCUGUUCUUCUCUCCAACAUCAAGGCAGAACCUUCUCCUACUACUGGUUCAUUGUUCAAACCUCAGGCAGUUCACGCUAACUCCAGCUCCUAUACAGCAAGAACAAUCCAUCAGAAUAUCUUAGACGAGAAAAACUCCAACGAAUCUUUUGAGUUUAGACCUCCUCCUGCAUCCACUAUGUUCUAUGCAGAGCCAGUAGACAAGCAGAGAAGUGAAGCGCACAGUUUCAAACACUCACCAUCUUCAGCCACCGACGCUGCAGCUUCUUCAAAUGAGAUAAGGCCACAAACUGCUGAUCAAGAUGAGUCCAGAGGAAGUGCACCGACGAUCUUGGCUGACGAUGGAUACAAUUGGAGAAAAUACGGUCAAAAGCACGUCAAAGGAAGCGAGUUUCCACGGAGCUAUUAUAAAUGCACGCAUCCUAACUGUGAGGUUAAAAAGGUUUUCGAAAGGUCACACGAAGGGCAGAUCACUGAGAUUGUAUACAAGGGGACACAUGACCAUCCUAAACCUCAGCCUAGUCGCCGGAACUCAGGCGGUCUUGUUAUGCCUGCACAGGAAGAAAGACUGGAUAAGAAUUCUCCUCUUAAUGGCCGAGAUGAGAAAGGAUCUAGCUUAUACAACAUGUCUCCUCCUGUGGAGCAAAUUGGAAAUGAUGAUGGUGGAGACCUUGGAAUGUCAAAUAAGAACAACGAUGACGUGGACGAGAAUGAUCCAUUCUCAAAACGAAGGAAGGUGGAUGGGGGGAUGGAAGUAACUGCACUAGUGAAACCGAUAAGAGAGCCUAGGGUUGUUGUUCAAACUCUGAGUGAAGUUGACAUAUUGGAUGAUGGGUAUAGGUGGCGUAAAUACGGUCAGAAAGUUGUUAGAGGCAACCCUAAUCCCAGGAGCUAUUAUAAAUGCACGGCUACUGGAUGCCCAGUGAGAAAACAUGUGGAAAGAGCGUCACACGAUCCUAAAGCUGUUAUCACCACAUACGAAGGCAAACACAAUCAUGAUGUACCAAUGGCAAGGUCUAACAACAACAGCCACCAUGAGUUGUCAGCACCUAGGUUCAGACCAGAGGAGAGCGCCGACGCAGUCAUCCUCGACUUGGGUGUUGGAAUUGCAUCUGGCGGUCCUGACCAUACAUCAAAUGAGCAUCAGCAACAACAAGAAACAAAUAUUCGUUCCGAGUUUGUACAUCAAAUUCAAACCAAUGGAGCUAAUGGAUUCAUGUUUGUUCACGGGCCUCCCAUGGGAUCUUGGUAUGAAUCAUCAAUAUAACAACGGCUCUUGAAAAAACUCAAACGAGGCUCAAACAGGUGACAUCUCGUCCUCUCACUCGCAUCCACAUAACAUAAGGAGAAUACAAUCUGGUCCCUAGAAGAGGGUGGGUCUCAACAAGCCAACCAAAGUAACACAACAACAACAAAAAGGAAAAAGAAAACAAAAGGCUCUUUGCUUCCACUCUUUAUCUUGAUUCUUCUUAGGUUAGGAAUGAAACAAAACUUUGUUCUAUGUAAUCUAUGAUCUAUCUAUACAUACAUGUAUAUCAUGACAGACACACUAAGAUAGACAGAGAAAGAGAGAGAGAGAGAGAUGGCUAUUUUGAACCGUCUCCCAACAUAUUUCUUUGUUCGUUUGUUUUUUUAAUAAUUCCAAAACGCGUU